CAGCCUGCAGUUUUUUAACUAGAAAAUCAUGCUUUGUAUUUUAGGUUGAUGGAAAUAAGCACACCAUGAAUGAGCAUCUACAUGUUACCAGUCAUGGGCAGGUCCAACAGCUCUUUGAAGAUAAUAGUAACAAAAGGACAGUUCUAUCCACACAACCAAAUGGGCUUGCAACAGUAGCAAAAUCAGGGCUGCCAGUGGUACAAGAUAGACAGCUCGAGAGCUGUCAUAGGCGUCAGGGGAGCUCCAACUCCGCGAAAUCUACUGAAGGACCAGGAAAGAUAAAAGCUACUGUCAUGACUCCUGAGCAAGCAACGAAGCAAUACGUGCACAAGCUAACAGCCUUUGAGCAUCAUGAGAUCUUCAGUUACCCUGAAAUAUAUUUCUUGGGUCCAAAUGCAAAGAAAAGGCAAGGUGUCAUUAGUGGUCCAAACAAUUGUGGAUAUGAUGAUGACCAGGGAUCUUAUGUGCAAAUACCCCAUGAUCAUAUAGCAUACAGAUAUGAAGUUCUUAAAGUUAUAGGAAAAGGAAGUUUUGGACAAGUGGUAAAGGCAUAUGAUCACAAGAUGCAUCAACAUGUUGCUCUGAAGAUGGUGAGAAAUGAGAAGCGUUUUCACCGCCAAGCUGCAGAAGAGAUUAAAAUUCUGGAGCACCUUAAAAAACAGGACAAAGAUAAUAACAUGAAUGUUAUACACAUGCUGGAGAACUUCACAUUCCGCAACCAUAUAUGUAUGACAUUUGAGUUGCUGAGCAUGAACCUUUAUGAGCUCAUUAAGAAAAAUAAAUUUCAGGGCUUUAGCCUGCCUUUGGUUCGUAAAUUUGCCCACUCCAUUUUGCAGUGCUUGGAUGCUUUGCACAAAAACAGAAUAAUUCACUGUGACCUUAAACCAGAAAACAUUCUGUUAAAACAACAGGGUAGGAGUGGUAUUAAAGUGAUUGAUUUUGGCUCUAGCUGUUACGAGCACCAGCGCGUCUAUACAUAUAUCCAGUCACGUUUUUACCGUGCCCCUGAAGUCAUCCUUGGUGCUCGAUAUGGGAUGCCAAUAGACAUGUGGAGCCUGGGCUGCAUUCUUGCUGAACUCUUAACAGGAUACCCUCUCUUACCAGGAGAAGAUGAAGGGGAUCAGCUGGCUUGUAUGAUAGAACUCUUGGGCAUGCCUUCCCAGAAACUACUGGAUUCAUCAAAAAGAGCAAAAAAUUUUGUGAGCUCCAAAGGUUACCCCCGAUAUUGUCCCAUUACUACCUUGUCAGAUGGUUCUGUUGUGCUUAACGGUGGCCGCUCCAGGCGGGGCAAAUUGCGUGGCCCCCCAGAGAGCAGAGAAUGGGGGAAUGCAUUGAAAGGAUGUGAUGAUCCACUCUUCCUUGACUUCUUGAAACAAUGUUUAGAGUGGGAUCCAAUGCUGCGUAUGACACCCAGUCAGGCUUUACGGCAUCCCUGGCUCAGGAGACGUUUGCCAAAGCCGCCAACUGGGGAGAAGCCAUCAGCAAAAAGAAUAACAGAAAGCACUGGUGCUAUCACAUCCAUUUCCAAGUUACCUCCAACUUCAAACUCAGCUUCAAAACUGAGGACUAAUCUGGCACAGAUGACGGAUGCCAAUGGGAAUAUUCAGCAGAGAACAGUGUUGCCAAAGCUUGUGAGCUGAGGUUUGAAUAAUACAAUGCUGAUUUGAAGAAAGAAAGAGAGUGCACAGUUAUGUGACUGAGCCUUAUUCACAUGAAAAAA